AUGGACCGCGACUUCAAUGACGACAAAAUUCCAGAUGAGGAAACUGUGGACGCCUUCAUCGACUCAGAUCCCGACUCAGAUCUUGAGGACACUUCUGUGAGCAUCGGGCUAAACAAGACGGGAGAGCGUGGCAGCGGUUACCACACUCGCAAUGACCCCUCUGCACCCUACCAACGACAAACAGUGACGGAGCGUCGAGGCAUUAUUGAAGUUCGCUGCAAGUCACGAGAUGUCAUCCAUGGAGUUUUGUCAGAAGAGACGGGAGAAAGCGGAACGCUUGUUGUCUACGACUUUUACCUCGACACAACUCGGAGAUCACGGCGAAUUGUGUCUGCGUCCCUGGAAUUCGAGUUUGCCAAUGUUGUUCCUGGAGUACCCGCGCCUCAAGUUCAGGCCAUUGCGCCUUCAGGGCGUGUGACGUUACUGCCUUCAACCCAGGAGGAGUCGGUGACCCACGGAGCUGAAAUGAACGCCGGCGUGAGUGAGUUGGGCGCAAACGCUGGCGGGACCCUCAAGUGGGAGAAGACUGUGAGCUAUACGGCGAGCGACGAUGCCAGAGUUACGGGGCACAUCUUCAGCGAUGACUACGGCAAAGGCGUUGGUGCGAGCUGGGUCCUUCACGAGAAUGCCAUGCUCAAGUCAGGCGUACCAAGCUUCUUGCGCUGUGCCAUCUUGCUCAACCGUGGGUUCGACGAAAACAAAUUUCAGUGUAAAGUGAGGAUCAAGGUGGAAGCGGAUUGGAAGUCUGAAAUGGGUCGACUGUUUGGCUCAACUCCUCCAGAUGACCCGGUUUUGUUCGACCCUGAAAUGCCCUCCACUAACAAGCUACGGAAAUACGAUACAGAGAACUUGGGCUCUAUCGACUUGGACGAGUUUACAGACAUUAUCUUUGACAAGAAAUUAAAGAAGAAGGAGGAAGCUUAG